AUAAUCUCCCUUGCGCCACUCGCUCUUUUCCUGCUGAAGUAUAAAGAAUCUACCGGGAGUACGAUGGGGACAGUCUAUGCCAAGUCACCUGAGAAACAACAGCAGGUUGAAGAGGAUUUUGACUUUGAUAAAAUACCUGCUAAAGUUCAGAGGAUAAUUGUUGAAGGCCUCAACAGAACCAAAGAUGACAUUAUCAUCAAGCAAGUACAACCCAUUCUUCAGUCUUCCACUUUCCAGCAGAUGGUCCAGUCAAGCCAUGAGGUCAAAAUGCGAAUGGAGAGACUUGGGUUGUUUCGACGUGUUGGAAUUUUCAUUGACACAUGCAAAGAUGACCCAGCAUGCGACUGCUAUGAGGUGACGUUUGAAGUGAAAGAACUUCGACCUGUAUCAGGAGGCAUCAACACUUUAAUUGGCAACAAUGAUGCUAGUUUGCUGUUUGGUCUGAAACUUCCAAAUGCCCUAGGUCGUGGAGAGCGAGUCAACAUUGAGUAUACGCAUGGUACAAAACAAACACGGGGCUACUCUGUGUCUUUCACCAAGCCUGUCAAUGGCAAUCCAGAUGUUCUAUUGACUGGAGGACUCUACCAAUAUCAUGGCUCUUAUCCAUGGAGCGGUUAUAAAGAGACAGAUCGAGGGGUUGAACUGGACCUUACAUUUCCUACAUUUUUGGGGAGCCAUUCUUUGCGCUGGGAUGGCAUUUGGCGAGACUUACGUGCUUUAUCCAGAACCACAUCCUUUGCUGUUCGAGAACAGGCUGGUCAUUCUCUAAAAUCAAGCAUUAAGCAUAUAUUUGUGCGGGAUAUGAGAGAUGACACCAUUCUGCCUACCACGGGGAGUGUGCUUCGGUUAAUACAGGAAUAUGCAGGUCUGGGUGGUAAUGUUGAGUUUUCCAAGCAGGAGUUUGAGUUGCAGUUCAACAGGUCACUCUUCUGUAAUGCAGUGCUGCAGCUGUCUCUGGCAGGGGGUGUCAUGCGCACUCUGCGUGCCAAAGAUGAAAUCCGCAUUAAUGACCGUUUCUUCUUGGGUGGCCCACUCACUUUGCGAGGAUUCAACUUGAAAGGUGUGGGGCCUCAUAUUGAUGGCAAUGCACUAGGUGCUGAAGCUUACUGGUUGUGUGCUGCACACGUAUACACUGCUCUACCCUUUCGGCCAGGCAAGGGUGGAUUUGGUGAUCUCUUUCGUACACAUUUCUUUGUCAAUGCUGGAAAUUUGGGCAACAUCAACUUCAAUAAUCUCAGGGGAUCCAUUCAAGAAAUGGGUGUGCAGUAUCGCUGGGCUUGUGGGGGAGGGAUUGUACUGCGCCUUGGCAGAGUUGCCAGAAUGGAGCUGAACUAUGUGGUACCUAUGGCUGUUCAACAAGGAGACAGCGUAAAUCCUGGACUGCAGUUUGGCAUUGGGCUAUCUUUCUUGUAGCAUCUUUCACCUUACAAUGCAGCGCAAAUGUCUUUCAACACUUGAAGUACAAGAGCUCUUGGACUAGUAAGAGUCAUACAUAGGCUGAAAUAUCCUUCAUGCUGUUCAGAGUUAACUGGCUUGGAUUUCAUUAAAAAAAAUGCUUUUGUGGCACACUUGUAAAAUCAUCAUUUCAGUGUCAUAAUGCAAUCAUUCUCUGCCUCUGUGAAGACCUGUUUAGAGUAUUCCAUAAGCUGUUCCUUCAUUAGAGUGUGCAGCAGACCAACAGACUAUCCUCAAGUUCACCAGGUAUGGCUGUGCUAUUAACUAGGCUGCUAGUUCCAGUGUGAUUAAGGAUAAAUUGUAACCUUGAGGAGUGCAAUGACCAUUGCUGUUAUGUAAACAUUUGAAAAGGUGUGCUUUUUGAAAAAAAUUAUUUUGAUGUAACUGGCAUCUUCUUAAUAUGUUUAUACAAGCUCACACAAGAAUAUUGGCUUUGAAAGUGAAAAUAAAAUGAUUUAUAAAAAACAAAGCUGUAAAACUUUGACUCAAAAAUGUACAUAGUGUUUACUGAUCUGAGUGAAUCAGGGAUGGAUGUUAUGAGUUAAAAUUGUUACCUUCUUCGUACCGUCAGCUGCUAGCUGUCAUAGCAAUUCAAAUUAUGUUUUGAGACCUGUAAGACCAAUGUCGGUGACAGAUUGUCCAGCUGUUACAGAGUGUAAGAAGCACCCAGAAAUUAUUUCCAGAAUAGCAGAGACUAUAGACAUGAACAGGGAUGAUGUUUAUCUUCUCUGUCCAUUGAACAUACUGUUUUACGAAUAUUUUAAGAUUAUGAUGCUCUAAAACUUCUUAUAUUUUUGUUUAUUGUAUAAUGCAAUUUUUGCCCAUUCUCAACAAAUUUCGAAAAAUAUAAUAAAUGCAAUUUGUCAACAUUACGAAGACAAUGGGAAAAGUUCUCAGAUCAAAGAAUGCCUUGGUUUAUAUUUGAGAAUGAAAUGAUUGCAAUAAACAAGAUAAACAUUAAGUUGCCUA